GCACGGGCUCGGUCUCAGGCAUGGUGCAACCCGGUCUCGUCCCGGGAGAGCGGGACUCGCGCGCUGGGCCGGCGCCCGGGGAGCGGCGGCGGCGGCGGCGGCUGCAGGCGCAGGAAGGCGGCAGGUGCUAGAAGCCGGGCUGGGCGAGGUGUGUACCCGCCGGGCUCCCGGGCCGCCGCCCCCUCGCCGCCCGGGUCUUAGCCUGUCCUCGUGUUCCCCAGCGCGUCCAGCCCCCUGCCUCCGCGCCCCGACCCAUGGCGACCCGCAGCUGAACCAGCGCCGCCAGGGACCCCUCCCGCGGGCCUCCCGGGGCGCGCAGCUCCCGGAGCCGCCCGCCCACCCUCCGCGGAGCCUCCCUCCCCUUCUCGCCGGAGCCGGGCGGGACCAUGGCCGCGAAGCUACGAGCGCAUCAGGUGGACGUGGACCCGGACUUCGCGCCGCAGAGCCGGCCGCGCUCCUGUACCUGGCCCCUGCCGCAGCCUGACUUGGCUGGCGACGAGGACGGAGCGCUGGGCGCAGGGGUGGCGGAGGGCGCCGAGGACUGCGGGCCGGAGCGCAGGGUUACGGCCCCGGCGAUGGCCCCUGCGCCGCCCCUGGGAGCAGAGGUCGGACCGCUGCGGAAAGCGAAGAGCUCCCGGCGGAACGCGUGGGGGAACCUGUCCUACGCCGAUCUCAUCACCAAAGCCAUCGAGAGCGCCCCGGACAAGCGGCUCACGCUCUCGCAGAUCUACGACUGGAUGGUCCGCUACGUGCCCUACUUCAAGGAUAAAGGCGACAGCAACAGCUCGGCAGGCUGGAAGGAAGGGAAGGAAAGAGAGAGAAAGGAAAUGGGAGUCCUGGAUGGGAUCAGAGCUCUUGCCACAGCCACGCAGGUGGUCUCUACUCUGGGGAAUCACAAAAGAGGAGCUGGGUCUUCAUCCCCAUCAGGUAGCAGGAACUCCAUCCGGCACAACCUGUCACUGCACACCCGCUUCAUCCGCGUGCAGAACGAGGGCACUGGCAAGAGUUCCUGGUGGAUGCUGAACCCUGAGGGCGGAAAGACAGGCAAGACCCCGAGGCGCAGGGCCGUGUCCAUGGACAAUGGGGCCAAGUUCCUGCGUAUCAAGGGCAAAGCGAGCAAGAAGAAGCAGCUGCAGGCACCGGAGCGAAGCCCCGACGACAGCCCUCCGGGCGCGCCUGUCCCAGGGUCCCUGGCUGCCGCGGCCAAGUGGACCUCCAGCCCGGCCUCGCACGCCAGCGACGACUACGAUGCCUGGGCCGACUUCCGCGGCGGCGGGAGACCCCUGCUCGGGGAAGCGGCCGAGCUGGAAGACGACGAGGCCCUGGAGGCUUUGGCGCCGUCUUCGCCGCUCAUGUACCCAAGUCCCGCGAGCACGCUGUCGCCCGCGCUGGGCGCUCGCUGCCCCGGGGAGCUGCCCCGUCUGGCCGAGCUGGGAGGCGCGCUAGGCCUGCACGGCGGCGGCGCAGGGCUGCCCGAGGCGCUGCUGGACGGCGCUCAGGACGCGUAUGGGCCGCGGGCCCGCGCCGGGACGCCCGCCUACUUCGGGAGCUGCAAGGGUGGUCCCUACGGCGGAGGUGGGGGCUUUGGGCCUCCGGCGCUGGGCGCGCUGCGCCGCCUGCCCAUGCAGACCAUCCAGGAGAACAAGCAGGCCAGCUUUGCGCAGGCCACCGCGCCCUUCCGCCCCGGGGCGCUUCCCGGGUUGCUGCCGCCGCCUCCGCCCGCGCCUAGGCCCGGCCCAGUCCUGGGCACGCCCGGGGAGCUGGCGCUGGCGGGUGCGGCCGCCGCCUACCCCGGCAAGGGAGCGGCCCCUUACGCGCCGCCCGCGCCCUCGCGCAGUGCCUUAGCCCACCCCAUCAGCCUUAUGACGCUGCCCGGCGAGGCGGGAGCCGCGGGCCUCGUCCCGCCCGGCCACGCCACGGCCUUCGGGGGCCCGCCCGGCGGCCUCCUGCUGGACGCACUGCCUGGGCCAUACGCUGCCGCCGGGCCACUGGGUGCCGCGCCCGACCGCUUCCCCGCGGACUUGGACCUCGACAUGUUCAGCGGGAGCCUCGAGUGCGACGUCGAGUCCAUCAUCCUCAACGACUUCAUGGACAGCGACGAAAUGGACUUCAACUUCGACUCUGCCCUGCCUCCGCCACCGCCCGGCCUGGCCGGGGCCCCGCCCCCCAACCAGAGCUGGGUGCCGGGCUGAGGGCUGCCAGCUGCAUCCUGGAUGCCCCGGUCCCGUCCCCAGGGGGCCUCUGUCUUCCCAUCCUGAUCCCCGGGUCCCCAUCCCCGAUCCAGUCCUCGAAAGGAUCCAGGAGGCAGCCCCAGCCGUGCUAGAGACCUCCCUGGGUUGACCUCAGCGGGGGGAGUGGGAGGGCGGGGCUGGGGCUCCCCACCCUUCCUGCCCGACUCCCGAGCCUUGCAUCUCUCCUCCCUGGGCCGGAAGCCUGGGAGAGAGAGAAGGCUGAAAUCUGGGCCGGGUCAGAGUGGAGAAGAGCGAGGGGACCGUCUGGGUGUGGAUGCUGGCCACGGAGCCAACUGGGAGAUGGGGCAGGGGGCGUUUCUGAAUCUUCAUUUUCAUUUGCGCAACCCUUGUGGUGGCUGGGACGCGUAGCCCAUCCCAAACUUUGAUCCCCAACAGACACCAUUCCCCACCGAUCUUAGUCUCACUGCCCGAGGCCAGCAACCCAAAAGCUCUCGUCUAUUGGCCAUCCACCCUGAGCAAUCCAACUCCAAGCCUACAGCAACCCUCACCCCCACGGUUCAGCCUGUCCCUUCCAUCCUAGCCGGCCCUAAUGUUCCCCUCCCCGGUCAGGCAGCCCCAUCAUGGCCCCAGUGCUGGUCUCAGCCUCUCCAGUGGGCCUCAGCUCCGGAUCCGGAUCCCCGGUCCAACACCCCUUUCUCCGUACCAGUGCUGGCCCCUCUCCCAUAUUUAUAAGUGUCCGGUCGGGGCGGGCGGUGGGCGAGGCGUCCCCGGCGCGUAUCGUAGGCAGUGUACCGUGGCCGUGCCGUCAGCGUGUGCGUGUGCGUGUGUGCCGUGUCGAGGCCGUGUAGAGUGCAUUGUACAGCAUAUUUUCAUGAAUAAAAUUGUUUUAAAUAUU